GAGCCUCCGACAAGAGCUGACGCCUUUGGCUAAAGGCUAGCGAGACUAGCACGCUUUCAACGCCAUUUGGGUUAAAGUUGGCUUUUCAAAUCCCGAAAGACCACUGUUCGCGAGUAUUCUGACAGUUUCUGAUCCCUCUGAGUUGGAGUUUCGGAGUCAACGAUGGAUAACCCAAACUACAACCCGCACCCCGCUGCUGCAGGCUACCAGGCCCAGCCGGCCUACUCCCAGCCGGGCUACCAUUACCCGGCUGCCCAGCCCCACAUCCAGCAGCCGGCACCCCCGGUGGUGGUGAUGGAUCACCACCAUCACCACGACGAUCACCACCACCAUCACCACGACGACUAUCAUCAUCACCAUGACGACCAUGUGGCCGAGGACGUCUGUUGCGCGGCACUGUGCGCCCUCUGCCUCUGUUGCUGUAUGAACCAGAACUGAUCCACUCAAAGCAUCCCGAUGACAAGACUACCACGUGCCUAAAUGACGACACCAGGAAGCUACACCAAAGAAAAGAUAUUCUUCAGUCCAUGGCUUCACAAAUGUUACCGAUAUUGUAGUGUGAGAUAAUAGUUUUCCCACAAUAAAACAAGUAUGAUUAAGUCUAAAAAGAUCACAAAAAAAGGUCAAAGCAAAAUUUUCAUCCCUUUAGAGCAAUUUGUUCCAAGGAUGGAUCGAGGGUUUGGGGCAAAAAGCCAAAAAUUGUUUUGAAAAACUAAUGAGGAAAAGACAUUUUUUUCGCUCCUCUCUUCCAAAAGCAAGUAAGAAGCCCCACAUGUAGCCCCACCGCUCAGAGAGGCCAUUAAUUAAAGAUUACAUGAACAAGUUCUUAUUUGCACUCUGAAAUUUUUGUUCUGAUCCGCCUUUGAUCUGUUCUGCUGUAAUCGCUCGUAUUAUGAAAUCUAAUUAGCUGCUAUUUUUAGUGAUCACGAUGACUGCUAAGUCUAACUGAACAAAAUGCACAUAGUUAGCAAGACUUUGUGUGAAAAAGUGAUGAAAUAUCAAUGACUCGUGUUUAGUCCCCCAAAAUGUAAAAUGGCGCAGCCUGUUCAUAAAAUACCAUCGACAUUUUUAGCACUGCUUUUCGAAAUUUGUCGCUAAAGUCUAUUGCUACUGUCAAAAUAUAAAAAGUGUGUUGAACUCCCCCAAUUAAAAUGAACUCCUCAAUGAUGUUUGUGUCGCUGAGCUACCGAAGAUAUUAGUUUGAGGAGAGAAGGUCAGUUCCAUUCCACGAAGCAGGUUGAGAAGAAAUGAGCCAAAAGAGGAAUACAGAAGAUGGAGAAACAUUAGUUUGAUUUGCCCAAUGGGAUGUUGCAUGACCUCUGGUCGACUCAUGGAGGUUGACUCUUUAUAACAUUUAUCAUUGUGUUAAUUUGACAGGUUUAGUUUCGCAUGAACUUGUUAUUUUUUAUAGCAGCAAGGUAAAGUUUAUAACCAACAGUUUGCUUAGAAAGUGUGCAUCUGUAUUUUUUGUCCUUUUAGCGGUUCCUAUUACCGCACACUGUCCACUGAUUAAAGUUCAGAAGGCACUGUCUCGCUUUCCUGAUUCUCAAGGCUGUUGAA